AUGAACACCACAAGACCAAACGCAGCCAGACGCGUGGCUACUGCAGGUGAAGUCCUACUAAGCCAGCUGCUUGAGAAGCCACCUGACCCGGGCAGGACCGAUCACUUUCGCUACCAGCCACCUUAUCGCCCUUUACGUUACGAGCGGGAAGGCCGCGGGGAGGGGGCCCGGGAGCAGCUCCGAGGGCAGCGGGAGCCCCAGCGACCCCCUCCCUCGGCGGGAAAGCUCGGGGGCAGAGGGCCGGCCUCGGCGGGACCGUGCGGCCUUACCGGGCUGGUAGAGGCCUGGCGGCAGGCAGGGCAGCUGACUUUGCCGUGGCGUGGCUUGGUACGUGUGAAGUCCGGUUUUCUGAUGUUAAUGUGCCGAGGGAAGGCGACACAGGAUUUUAAAGGCCCAGACUGUCGCUUUGUAAAUUUUAAGAAGGGAGAAGCAGUGUAUGUGUAUUACAAGCUAACAGGACAAACAGUCGAGCUCUGGGCUGGAAGCGUUGGAAGUGAUUUUGGAUAUUUUCCAAAGGAUUUACUUGAAAUAAAUCAUAAUUAUUCCAAUGAGGAGCUAGAGUUACCAACAGAUGAAACAGACUUUGUUUGCUUUGAUGGCGGAAGAGAUGAUUUUGAUAAUUACAAUGUGGAUGAACUUUUGAAGUCAUUGCAAGAGACAAUAUCAAAUGAAGAGGCAACUGAAUCAAGUGAUCCAAGGGCAAAAACAGCAAAAGGAAUUAAAUGGGAUGAGGAGACUGAACAGGUUGAUACAGUAAAGUCCCUUGAUACUUUGAAGACAGACAAUCUUAAAUUAAGUACAGGGGAAGACAAGGAAGCCCUUACCAUGCCAGAGGAAGCAGACAGUUCUCUUACAGGAGGAACUGCAAAUACUGGGGGGGACUCCAGUGUCAAUAGUCAUAAAGAGAAAUCUCAGGGAGAUCAAAUUGCACAUGAGCACUUGAAAGGAAUGCUACAUGGGAAACUAAAAGGGCUAGAAAGUGAAAAUACCAAAAACACUAGUAUUCCUCAGGGUGAAACCAGUGAACUUGUCAAAGAGAAUGAAGAAGUCAAUGCCUAUACACUUUUAAACAGAGAGCUUUCUGUGAACUUGAAAACAAAAUUUGGCUCAACUGCUGAUGCUGUUGUAUCAGAUGAUGAAGUGACUCGCCUUGUUACAUCACUGGAAGACGAUUUUAAUGAAGAUUUGAGCAUGAAUGCUUAUGAUGCAGAGGAGGAGCCAGAUUCUGUGGAUCAGUCUGAAGAAAUCCCUUUGCUGUCUUUUACAGCACAGGAAAAAAUUACAUCCCCGGUGGAUUUAGAAAAUGAUGAAAACUAUAAUAUUGAGCCACAAAAUCAUGAACCUGAUGAAGAUGCACAGGGUGCUACAGAGCUAAAUAACCAAAGAGAUGAUGAGGAAGAAACUGAUCCAGAUGCAUUAAUUCUUAAGGGUGCCUUCAGUAACAGCAAGAAGUCAGGUGACAGUGUGGGUAGGUCUGAACCUAAACCAACAGAAGAGAAACAGGAUGAGGUGAUGCUAAUUAGUAAAAGAGAAGCACCGGCAACAACUCAACUUGAGGAACUCUCUGAAGAACUCCUUAGGAAGCAGCCUGAAGGUACAGGUGAUCUAGGUUCAAAAUUAAAAACAAACAAAUCUGAACACUUAAAAGAGCAGCUCACAGCUGAUGGAACUGAGUCACAUACUGAAGAGCAGAAGAGUACAGCUGUGUCUGAUCCUCAUGUUUUGCCUAGUCCAGGAGAUCAUCUGCAGUCAAAAUCAUUAUUUAAAAGCAAGCAAGAUGCUUUAAAACCACCUGUUGGUGAUAUCAACAGAAUUCCAGAAGGAGUGCCACUUUCUCAAAAUGAGAAAAGUGAGAAUAAAUUUGAGGAUGACAUCUUGGAAACUGAUGUAAAGCAUAAAAAGUUAUGGGAGAAAACAAAUAAGGAAGGAAGAGCUGAGAACAAGCCUUCUGUUGAUGUUCCAGCCAAACCAGUGGAAGAGAUAAAAAAUGCAUUUCAGAGUGACUUAGGAGAUACUGACCUCUUGAAAGAGAAACUGAAGCAUGGAAUACCCGCUGUGGAGAGAGAAAUUCUAAGACAUGAAGAUGAUUUUAAACAAACUGGGGAGACCAAUCAUGAAAAUCAAAAAACCACCUCUCUUAACCAAGAACCUGACAUUAAAAGGGGAAACAGGAAAGAAACUCCUACAAGGGAGGGAGACCCAAGCCAUAGUGGAGCUAUGAUGCAACCUAGGCCAUGGGAAAAUGAGACUAAGUAUUCAGAGGCAGAUGUGAAAGAAGACCUUUCAAGAAAUCUUGGCAAGAUGACAAUACUUGAAGAAAGCAUUGAGAAAAGUUCCCCUGAAGAAAAGUCAAAAAGCAUUACACAGAAUACUAAUACAGAGAAUCUUACUCAGCAAAGAACUGCUCAUACUGAGGAUGCAGAUUCUGACAGAAAUCUUGGCACAAAUGUAUCUAAAGAAAAAAUACAGAGACCAGAAUUGCAAUCUGAAGAGCUUGAUGCUGAAGACAUCCCUGACCUGAAACAAACAGAGGAAGAGCUCCUAGAAGAUGAGAAUGCUGCAAGUGCAAAGCUUUCACAAGCAAAGGCUACAAAUGUACAGGGCAAUAUGCUAAAUGUUAAAAGGACAAACACUGAAUUAGAUGUACCAAGUGAAGCUGUUUCAGUAACUGCAAAUCCUACUUACGAAACAGAAGAGGAUACAAACUCAUUUUUUAAGGAGGCUAAAAAAGCCAUUAGCAUGCAAGAUGUAAGCAAGACAGGAAACAAAGAGGUUGAUGCACAAGUGAGUGAAGAUGCUAACUUGCAUGAGAUGGAACAUGUCAUGGAAGAUGAUGAUGAGUCUUCUGAAGCUGAGGAGCCAUCAGCUGUGGAAGAACAUAAUUUCCAAUCUCCUAACAUGGAAGACAGCAAUGACUUUAACCAAAGGAAAGAUCAUCUCCCGGAGAGCAUUUCACAGAAAGACUCAAAAGACAUGCAAAAUUUAGAGCAUACAAGAAAUGACCACCAGCAGUCUGCAAAUUUCCCCAGCCCUGUUGACAGCUCCACAGCCACAAAUGACACUGUCACAGACUUCGGUGAGUCUGUGAAGCAGCUCACAAUAAUGAGACAUUUUCUUGAUGAAAAGCGUGUAAUACGGCUACAAAAGUACCUCGGGUUUCAACAUGUGGUUAGGAUAGAGGCCAUGUUCCAUGACAUGAAGGUAGAGAUGGAGCUGGCUCAGAAGGCGAGCCAUAAUAAUGAAGAUACAGAAAAAGCCUUGGACCGGAUACUUGAGUUUUCAGAAUCAAGCAUUAUGGAUGUUGUGGGAAAAGUCCUGGAUUCCAGAGUGGCAGAAAAUAAAGAGGAGGUGGUGAAAGAGAUGGAUUUGUAUGAUGAGGAGAGCGCACUGAUGGAUGAUAUUCAAGAAUUAAUAUAUUCUUUAAGAAGUCAAUAUUCAUCUGCUAGUGAGAGUGUUCCGCUUGCAUCUAUUCCAGAACAGGAAGAUGAUGAGCUGCAUGUUCAAGAUGGUGCAGAAGAGGCUGAGUAUGAUGGAAUUUUCAACAGAAACCCAAAUGCCAUUGAUGAAAGCAAUCAGGAAUUUCAGCAGCUUGAAGAUAAGAGGCCAGAACAGCCCAUUGCAGAGGAGGAAAGGGCUGUUAAUGUUCCACCUGAACAUGAAGAGGCCAACUUCUCAGAUAAUAGAGAAGCUGAAGAAGGGUAUGAUAGUGAAAGAGGAUCACUGCUGGAAGAUACUUCCUUUGGCUCAGUUGACUCAAGACAGAGUGCCAGGGAAGAUACUACUGCAGUUGUCAAUGUUGUUGGUUUUCAGUUGGUUGCUACUCUGCCUGAGGAAAUUCGUCCUGGGCCAGAUUUCCAUGGACUUCCAUGGGAUCCUAUUAUUAUCACUGCCUUAGUGGGAAUUGCCACUCUUGCUAUAAUUUUCUGGAGAACCUGCCUUUCAGUAAAGAGUAGAAUAUAUCAAGUGACUGAAAAGCAACUCGCUGAAAAGAUUAAAAACCUUCUGCAAGAAAAAACAGAAAUCUUAGAAAAGAUAUCAGAAUAUGAUCAAAAGAUUAAGGAAGCAAAGGAAUCUGUGAAAGUGGCCCAAGAACAAAAAGACAUUCUCUGUGAUGAAACUGCAGGGCUGAAGGACACCGUCAAAGAACUGGAAGAAUCAAAUCGUCAGCUAGAUGACAAAGUAAAAAACCUGCACACAUUGCUUCAAACAGAGAGAAAAAAGAAUGAGAAGAAACAAAACAAGAUUUCUGAAACACAGAAGUCCUUGGAGAAGCUUCAAGAAGUUAUCAGUGUGCAUUGUGCAGAGCUGUCAGAGGUGCAGAUGGCGCUUAAUGAAGCUAAGCUAAGUGAAGAAAAGGUGAAAUCUGAGCUUCAUCAUGUGCAGGAAGAGAAUGCUAGGCUGAAAAAGAGCAAGGAGCAACUGCUAAAAGAAGCUGAAGGUUGGAGUGAGAGGCACAAUGAGCUCAGUGAGCAGAUCAAACUGUAUCAGAGGUCUCAGAAGGACAUAGAAGAGGCACUUGCCUACAAGGAAAAUGAAAUUGAAGUUUUAACUAACUGCAUUAUGCAGCUGAAGCAGCUUGACAUGGAUUCAUCAUCUGAGGCCAGGAAGGAUGGUGAGGCGUGUGAAUGGAGCACAGGAGACGAUCUGGCAAAUGGAGAGUUGCCAGAUAAUGAAAGUGAGAAGAUGAAGACUCAGAUUAAGCAGAUGAUGGAUGUUUCAAGGGUAAAAACUAUGUUAUCCAUAGUUGAAGAAGACAGAAAUCUUCUGCAGUCCAAACUGAGCGAUGAAGUAACAGCAAGACAUGAGCUGGAAGAGCAAAUAAAAAAACUAGAACAUGACUCCUGUUCACUUGAGUCAGCCAAGGCUCGGCUGGAAAAUGAAUGCAAAACACUACAGCAGAAAGUGGAGAUUCUUGGUGAGCUUUACCAGCAGAAGGAGAUGGCACUCCAGAAAAAACUAACUCAGGAGGAGUAUGAGCGUCAGGAGAAGGAGCAGAAAUUGUCUGCUGCAGAUGAAAAAGCUGUGCUGGCCAUUGAGGAAGUGAAAGUUUACAAGCAAAGAAUCCAAGAUAUGGAAGAAGAAUUGCAAAAAACAGAGAGAUCUUACAAAAACCAGAUUGCUGCUCACGAGAAAAAGGCACAUGACAAUUGGCUUAUUGCCCGCUCUGCUGAGAGAGCUCUGGCUGAAGAAAAAAGAGAAGCAGCGAACCUGAGACAAAAAUUAAUGGAAGUAAACCAAAAAAUCGUGAUGCUUCAAAGACCAUUGAUUGUAAAGCCAACUCCAGGCAGACCCAGUCACCAAAUCCCACCGCGACGAGGGCCCUUAAGCAGAGAUGGCUCUUUUGGCCCAUCACCUGUGAGUGGAGGAAAUCCAUCACCCACACAGAUGAUAGAGGUUCCUGCUCGGCCCCUUUCUGCUCCUCGAAGGGAAGGCUCAAGAGGUGAAUUUGGUGCAGUGGUAGAUGGCCCACCAGCUCCACGAAGGCCACCAGAGCUACCUGGAAGGAUGUCUGUUCCUGAUCUUGGACCUGCUGUAGUGUCCCUGACCAAUAGUGGGCCAAGAACCUCCUCCCCUUCCACAGCAGUGGAUGGAGUGGCUAAUGCUAGUCCCAAAGGCACGCCUUCAUUCCCUGGGACGCCUAUCAUGACCUCUCCAGUGAUGGGACCUCCACCUCCGCCACCACUUCACUAUGGACCACCUCCAGCUCCUCUCCGUGGGCACUUUGGGCCUCGACUUCUUCCUAUGCCCUUAGUUCGUGGUGCUCCCCUGCCACCUCCAGCUGCAAGGGAUUUCUUACCUGGCCCACCCUUAGGAAUGAGAGAUCUGCCUCCCGGCCCACUGCCCCCUCCUCCCGAUCCAAGAGGCUAUGCACGUGGGCACCCUCCUUUCCGACCCCUAGGUCCUCCUGGCCCAAGAGAUUAUCCCCCAGGCCCACGGCUACCCCCGCCUGGUUCAAGAGACUAUACACCUUCUCCUAACAGAGACUUGCCUCCAUCAGGACCUAGAGACUUCCCUGCAGGCCCUCCUCCGGCAGACUCCAAGGACUACACACAGCCUCCAGCGCAGAAACCCUGACUGCAGCCUCUGCUCAGCAGCUCACUGGAAUGGACUCUAGCGCACUUCCUGCAGUCAGGAUUUUAGGAGAUGGCUCUCUGAAGCCAUUCCUCUCAUUUCAGUAUAUUUCAGCUUUUGCAGGAUUAAUUUUUAUCCGAUUGCUACAGACAUCUUUUGUGCAUUUAUGAUCACCUUAAACUCAUCCAUCCUCUUGGGCUGCAAAAAACUUUUUGUGAUGGACUUGAACCUACUCUAAACGUGCAAUAGAAAGGAAGUACCUGUGUGGCUAGUUUUAAUUAAAUGUAGCCUCUGUAACCAGUUGGUGAAUGAACUAAUUUCAUGAAAAAUGUAAAUCAAAUCAUUUCCUGUGGAAAUAAUUUUAAAGUAAAAUGCUAUCCUACCUGCCUUCUCCAUCACAUCAUUAUGCUGCAGUUUCUGUAGGCAAGGGGUUUACAUGAGGACUGGGAGGUGUGGUUUUGUUUGGUUUUGGUUUUUUUUUAAAGAAAAGAUGUCUGGUCAGAGAUUCAGAAGCACAAAUGACACUGUAUUCAAA